CCGCCAUCAUCCAUGGGCCACCUCAUGGGCUUCAGACCGAGGCAGUGAGACAUGACACCACUUUCGUGUUUCCUAAGCCUGAACAAAUCACCAAUAGUCGCAUUUCAAUAUCCCCGAGUUCCAAACAGACAAGCAAGCCCGUCCUUCAACCAUGAUUUCCCAUCAACGCCGUGCCUGUUUUGCCCGUUCGGGUGGUGUGCCCCGCGAUUUAGACUUUUUCUUACUAUUGCUUCCCUUGUCCAUAACGCCCGAAAACAAGGACCCCGAAAUGUCCCAAUGCUCCCUCAAUAUCGUGCCGAAGGGCUGAAGCCUGUUUUUUGCAAUGCUCCAGGCCGCGUGCUGAAGCCUGGAAGGCCUGGAAGGGGCAGGUUUCUAUUAAUUAACCAUGGCACCCUCGCACUCCUCGCAGCAUUCAGGGCAGCAUUUCUCUCCGUCUUCAUCUGGAUAUGCGGGAGCGUUGGGGAUGGGACGACGGUAAUCACUUGGCGCGCUCCACUGCAUCACAAUACUUGGGCAUUAUCGAAUUGUUUUGCUGUGCCGCUCGAGUCACACCCCUGGAACAUCAACAACUACAGAUCGGCAUCGACGACAGAAUACCAUACCCAAAGUCCCAGUUUACGGGCUUUGGAUUCCCGCAUGAAGACACGGCACCACACACGGCACCUCGCGGCAGGCAGCUACUCCUCCGACUGGUAUUCGAUUCGACUCACGAUGUGUCUUGGCCGAAAAUAAAACCCAAGACAUUCAUCUUCUGACAAUUUGCAGAGAAUCCACGACUUUGCUUUUCCCAUACCUGCUAAUCUCACAGCGUAGACGAUCCUUCCCCACCGAUGAAACAGAAAAUGAGAGACGAGACUGACGAGAAUGAUCUUCCUAUCAACCGACCGCGAUGACAGGCGUCACCUGCGAUGCAAGCUACCGCGACACGCACCUCUAGGUGCCUAGCCCAUUGCCGGAAGGCGUCCGCUCCGGUCGGCUAUUCACCUAGCGACAUUCUU